AUGUUUCAAAAUCAAAAUCAAAAUCAAAACAAACCACACACACACAUCAAGUAUUUGAAUCCUUUUGACACUUCACACUUUAUCCCCACCCCUUUAGUCAUGGCAUCAUCAGUUGAGAAAUUAAAUAAACUUAUUGAAGAAGUUAAUAAUCAAGAUGAAUUACAAUUAAUUGAAGAAAUCAAUCUUUAUAUUAAAACUCUUUAUGAAUUACGACAAAUUAAAAUCGAUCAAUUAUCCAAUAUAAUUCAUCAAUUAAAUCAAAAAAUCAUUACUAGUAAUAAAGAAAUUAAUCAAUUAAAUAAAAUAAAUGAUUAUAAUUAUGAAUUAAUUAAAGUUAAUAAUUUCAAUUUUAUUGAUGGGUCUUGGUCUCAACUGUUUCAAUUUACAAAUUUUGAUCGAAUAUCAUCAUCAAUAUCAGACACUAGUCAUCAUCAUCAUCAUCAUGAUAAUAAUAUUUUCCAAAUGAUAAAUAAACGAUUAAAUGAAUUAGAUAAUUUAAAAGUUAUUAUUGUUAAAGAAUUAAAUGAUUUAGAAACAAAUUUAAAUAAUUUAAAAUAUAAACAAAAUAAUUUAUAUGAAUCAAUGGAAGAUAUUAAUGAUAAAUUAGAUAAAUUAUUAAAUGAUAUUGAUAAACUGGGGAUAAUAGAUCAAGAUCCUUCAAUUUUAAGAAUUAAUUUAUUUAGAAAUUUAGGUAUAAAAUUGGAAAAUACCCCCCAUAAUAAUAAUAAUAAUAAUAAUAACACUACCAGGAGUGAUGGUGAUACUGAUGAUUGUGUGAUAAUUACUGAUGAUAAUAAUAAUGUCAAUAUAUUAAAUAUUGAACCUAAAUUAAGUGAUUAUUUUAUAUCAAAUUAUAUUUGGGAUAAACUAUAA